AUGCCGCAUGAGUCCCGCGAAGACUUCCGGAGAUCUAUUGACCAGUGGUACAAUUUAGCAGAAAUGCAGUUAGCUCGAGGACAAGUUGAUCUGUCGAUUGAAGCAAAUCAGCAGAAAACUGGAAGCACAAGAGAUCGUUUGGUGAACCAUAAAUUAGUAGAGAGUAUUCACCGAAUUGAGAAAGUGAAAGAUGUGCCAAAAGGGCCUGGGGAUGCGCUUCGUCCGACGUCUUUACGUCAAGCGCUAACAGGUGCACAGAAGUCGGCGACUACAUCAAAAGCAACUAAAGUUAUAAAAAAGGAAAGGCGUGGUAUUGUUCAACAAGGAAAAAAGACUGGAAAUACAUUGGCAUUGAAAAACUCGGAAAGGAAAUCGGGCGAGGGAGAUGACGACAACAGCAACUCUCUGAGCUCCGAAGAGUCCAAGCAGAAAUCUGACAAAGUUGAAAAGACUGACGUGAAACAAAAUGUGGAAACUCGCAAACAACGUAGCAGAAGUCUCAGUGACAGUGACACCAUGAAAGUGUUAAACACGAGAGAGAUGUUGAAAGAUCAAGCGGUAUGCCUUAACUCAUACGAGCUUGCGCCUUUCACAAAUAUCGCGAUAUUCCAAAAUCCUAAAAAUUUAUAUCAUGUGAUGAUGAUGAUGGGAACUGAUACGGAAGGUGGCGAUGUCCCUAAGUCUCACAAUUCGCUCGAUGCAACCACUGGAGCAACAGACGAGAAAGCAGGAGCACGUGCAGACUGGUAG